CCCGGCCAAUUGCCUCUAAUGACACCACUCGAACGCGUAUCCGUCCAAUCAACUCUUAAGACAAGAGGAUCCUUCAGUCUGCUCGGCGGGCCGACACUAUCGCACCGUUAGUGGAUUGCUGUGGACCAGAACCAGUGAUACCCAGUGAUUGUUAGCGAGUGAUUCUAAUAUGUGAACAAUGAACGCAGUGCUAUAUGUGCGCUCCGAUAUCUCACCUCGUGGGAACCUCCAUAACCCAAGUUAAAGAAUAUCACUAACGAUGAUUGAUUGAACUUUAAAGUGAAGGAUCAAAUUGGACAUCAUGAAUGGGAUAAGCGCGACGGCUGAGAAGCCGGCGACCGGAGUUGAAACACCCUUGAAGGAUGAACCCAAAGCCAAAAGAACAGGGGUUAAGGAGAAGCUAAUGCAGAUCCGGUCGAAUAUAACCGUGGAGCCCAUCAUAGCUUGUUAUAUAAUGUCCAACGUGUUCUCAGGACUUGCAGUGCAGAAUUUAAAUUUGGAAAAAGCAUGUAGAGUUAACUUAGGGUAUGAUGAUGAAGUGUGUUCCGCGUUAAAUAGGCGGCAAACAGAGAACUAUACGUUACAAGAGUCAGAAGUCCAGAAGUUGACCGCGUCAGUCCAGGCGUGGAAAAAUAUUGUCCAAACCGCAUUUCCGUGUAUUUUAGUAUUGUUUGUAGGUUCGUGGAGCGAUAAAACGGGGAAAAGGAAGGCGUGCAUACUAUUGCCCAUAGUAGGGGAAGUGUUGUGCUGCACGAGUUUCAUCCUAAACACAUAUUUCUUCUACGAACUACCUUUGGAGAUAACGGCCCUCUCAGAUCUGUUUCCGUCACUAACCGGAGGAUGGAUAACAGUGUGCGUCGGUGUAUUCAGCUAUAUUGGUGAUGUAACGACGAAAGAAAUGAGGACAUUUAGAGUAGGAGUGGCCAAUCUGUGUAUGUCCCUCGGAAUACCUAUAGGCAUGUCCCUUAGUGGCAUACUGCUGCAACAAAUAGGUUACUACGGCAUAUUUUUAAUAUCAAACUGUCUGUAUCUGACGAGUUUGAUAUAUGGAUACAUACGAUUGAAGGAUCCAGUCAUAUCUUCAGAUAGACAAAGAGAACAGCCCGUGGGCUGCCGAGGCUGGGUGUGCUCGUUCUUCGACGCGCGCCACGUGCGGGAGACGCUGACUGUCGCCUUCAGGACUGGCCCGAGGAGAAGGAGGCUCAGGGUCUCGUUGCUAAUUGUCGUCGUGUGUGUUAUAUUUGGACCUCUACAUGGUGAAAUGAACGUGCUGUACCUGUUCAUGAGGUACAGGUUUAACUGGGACGAGGUGCAGUUCAGUAUGUUCUGUACUUACAGCAUCAUCACCAAUUUAGUGGGUACACUAUUCUCCAUCAGCAUCUUCAGCGACUUCAUGAAGCUGGAUGACACGGUGGUGGGGAUAAUAUCGUGCACCAGUAAGAUUCUUGCUUCUUUCAUCUUCGCGUUUGCUACUACCACCACUGAGAUUUAUAUUGCGCCUUUGGUAGAAAUCUUCAACGGGACAUCAUUCAUCGCGAUGCGUUCCAUUGCAUCGAAACUUGUCAACAGUGAGGAGUUGGGUAAAGUGAACUCCCUCUUCGGUCUAGCAGAGGCCAUGAUGCCUCUGGUCUACGGUCCACUAUACUCCCGGGUCUACAUGGCGACGCUGACUGUACUCCCGGGCGCUGUGUUCCUGCUGGGCGCGGCCAUGACUGUACCUGCUGUGGCUAUAUUUGGAUGGAUGUAUUUCGAACAAAGGGAGGACACCAAACAAGUCGCCGAGAUGGAGAACGUCAAUAAAGACGUAUAGCGCCAGACAUCCAACUCAAAGCAUUUAUUAUUAGUGAAAGUGUUAUUGGACAUUAUACAGUGUUUUGAAUAAAGUGUGAAUGUUUAAUAAAAACCUGUCGAGUUUCAA